UUACAAAGAAAGACUAAAGUGAGAAAAUCUUUUCAAGACUGAUCUGCUUUCCUUUCCUUCUUCUCUCCAAGCGAAACCAUGGCGCUACACCUAUGGCAAACACUGAAAGAAGCGAUACAUGCUUACACAGGUCUCUCCCCGGUGGUCUUCUUCACCGCCCUCGCUCUCGCCUUCGCCAUUUACCAAGUCGUCUCAGGCUGGUUUGCUUCGCCUUUCGAUGAUGUUCGCCGACAUCAGAGGGCUAGAUCGUCAGCUGCAGAGGAAGAACCACCGAUUCCUCAGCCUGUUCAGGUCGGCGAGAUCACAGAGGAGGAGCUUAAGCAGUACGAUGGCUCCGACCCUCAAAAGCCCCUUCUUAUGGCCAUCAAACAUCAGAUCUAUGAUGUAACUCAAAGCAGGAUGUUCUAUGGACCCGGAGGACCGUAUGCUUUGUUUGCAGGGAAAGACGCAAGCCGAGCUCUUGCAAAGAUGUCUUUUGAGGAGAAAGAUUUGACUUGGGAUAUCUCUGGUCUUGGUCCCUUUGAGCUAGAAGCUCUUCAGGACUGGGAGUACAAGUUCAAGAGCAAGUAUGCUACCGUUGGCACCGUCAAAGUGACCGGUUCAGAAGCCGAAACCCCAUCUGCGUCUGAACCCGCAGAGACUGGUGAGAAAGACGCUCAUGUAACCAAGCAAGAAUCGGCCGUUGUGGAUAAUGAUGAGCCUCCUACUGAGCGUGAUGUGAAGAAGGAGUGAAUUCCGUUUCAGUGAUUUUUUCAUAGAGACCAGCGGAAGUCUCAAUGUAGAAUCUCUGAUGUUGUGGAAGUUUCAGUGAUAUGAUUUUGUUUCAUUAUCUCAAAAACCAAGUUUGCUGGCUAAUAAAACGUUUAUAAACCUAGAAAA